AGCAUAGGUUCGCACAAGGAGGUUAUUGUACGACUAACUUGUAGCCACUCCGAGAGUCAAACCAAUCAUUUUACUUCGCAAGUCCCAAGUCUCAGUUAAAGUAAUAGCUAUAAGACUUGGUGCUGUACAACAUGCCUUUUCCAAGGUCAAGCUUAGGGUCUCCAAAUAAGCGCGAUAGGGAUAGUUCCUAACUACUUCAGAGUCAUCAAUAAAUCAGAGCCUAUUCAUUCCCUUAUUGUCAGAAAUAAACUGUUGUGGGGAAUAAGCCAAGAGUUCGAAGCCAUGGAAGUUGGCCUCUGCAAACAAAGAAACUUCUUUUACCAGCUCGAACCUUAACAACACUAUAGUCACCAAUGCGAUGCACAGAACAAGAUCCAAAGCGUACUUGCAUAUUUUCGGGGAUCUAAGCCUGAACUGUCUGCCAAAAAUUUUGAAGACAUAAAAGUUUUGUUUCUCCACAGACGCUUUUCUGCUGAUAGUUCAUCAUCCUUUCAACUGAAGUCCUUUUUGGUAUAAGGAGAUUAUGGACAGCCAUUAUAAAAAUCCAUAUACGCCUCUCAGUACCGAGGAUGACAAUACGACCUCCGAUACUUUACCCAUACAGGCCCAGAAGAAUCAAGUACAUGCCAAUAAGAGAAUCCUAGCUCUUACGACCUCAUUAUUUCUUCUAUGCGCCGGUCUAGGUGCGGCAUUAUACUAUCAGAUAAAUUCAGCCUGUAGGGUUAGUUAUGUAUCCGAAUCUUCACAUAUCAAGGUACCUCAUCGGGCAGUGACCUUUCUUCCACACAACGAGUACACGGAUCAGCUUCCAGAUGAACCGGGUUCAGUAUGGGAUAAAUUAAUACCUCCUGGGAGAGGCUUUGUUACUGCAAAGCGGACAAGGUCGGGAGCUUUAGCCUUCGAAGAGCACUCCUCGGUAUCCUUUGGCGCAGAUUCAUCCAGAGAAUACUACUGUAUCUCAGCUUUCCACCAGAUGCAUUGCCUGGCCAUCAUUUACAAUGCCAUAUUCUCGAAGAACCACGCCGACCAUCAUCACAGGGAUGAUCAUAGCGAUCAUACCAAACACUGCAUCGAUUAUCUUCGACAGUCCAUAAUGUGUGCGAGUGAUGCGACGCUUGAGGGCUCAGGAGUGCUAGGGGGAGACGGAACCUCCGUCAGGGCUGUCGAUGGGUGGAACAAUACACACCAAUGUCGAGACUGGGAUAGCCUCUAUGACUUUGCUUCACGCCAUCGCAUGUUAGACUCGGAUGGUAUUGUGUAAGUGUACAUCUCCAGGAAAAGGAACUUCAUUUUUGGGCGGUGCUCAGAACUGGGAAACCUUCCAAAUAUCCUAAAACACAAUAAUGUGUCCAUAACUUGGUUAUCGAUUCUUGACACGAAGCACGGUUACUGAGCCACAGAAUGGUAUCGUGGGCCAUCGCCGCUAACUAUGGCAGGCGAGG